AUGGACCAAUCCAUGGAAUCCGUGUCAGUAUCGGAAGGGGAUGAAGGAGUGAUUCAUGUCAACUUGAGAUCUUCUGAAAUGACCAACAUGAGCAGUUUUCGCGAUUCGACGACGUUUGCCUUGGCCGUCAUGUCGACGACUCGUCCCACCCGGGUGGGUCGCUUUGAAGAUCAUUACGGUAUUAUUAAGGGUGAAGCCGUUAUCAAAGAAGACUCAUGGUCACGGGUUCAUGUCUGUCAGCACAAGAAAAAGCCACAGGAACAACGCAUUGUCAAAAUUAUGCAAGAGACUUGCUCCUACUGUCACGAAUACGAAAUGCUACGACAACUCGAUCAUCCCAAUCUACCCAUUGUCUAUGAACUCUUCCAAAAUCCAAAAACGCAACACGAGUUUUAUAUGGUAUUACGACAAUAUCAAGGAGAAUCAUUAGUCCAGUAUUCACUACAACAAUCACAAUCACAAUCAUCACUUUUAUCCGAACAAGAUGCUACCACUAUUAUGUUUCAACUCUUGAGUUGCCUCAAUUAUCUACACCAUCAACGCAUUGUCCAUUGUGCCGUGCGACCCGAAAAUGUACUGUUCCAAAGGCACCCUCCUCCUCCUCACGCGGCAAGAAUCACACUGAUUGAUUUUUCACUCUCCUUUCCCAUGAUGGACGACAACAAGAAAAUGAACUACAUAAGGGGCAAUGAUCAAGGACACGACAUGGUCUACCUGGCCCCGGAAGUCCUACAGGAGAUUCCCGCCUAUGAUUCCAAGGCGGAUAUUUGGGCGUGUGGGGUUCUGCUGUAUCAACUACUCACGCAAUCACUGCCCUUUGUCCACACGAAGGACGAUGGGGAAGAUGCCAUUCGGCAACGCAUACUCGACAAGACUGCAACAGAAACACUCCAAUUUCCAGACACGGUCCCUCCACUCGCACAAGAUUUCAUACGACAAUUGUUGACUCAUGACGCCAAUCAACGACCCACAGCGGCCGUGGCAUUGCAACACGAAUGGUUGGCAGCACAGUGCCAGCAAGUGAGGGAUGCUUUAUUGGACGACAACAAUAGUCACGUCCUCAAGAUUCUGGGACAUGUACGAAACUAUCCCAACGUUAUUACCGCUCGUCGAAAACGACAACGGACUCGACAUCCACAUAUGAAUACGAAUGGGCAUUCCGCAGAUAACAACAACGACCCGAGUGACAGCAAUCUGGACCAUAGCAACAAAUCGUUGGAGGAAAACAAACACGCCAGUCGGCACGCCGUAUUCAAGUUGCGACAAGCCAUUUGCAAACUCAUGGCGGCACGAUUCUUGUCCCAAGACGAAACACACUGUCUCGAUUUAGUCUUUCAUGCUUUGGAUACCAAUCACAAUGGACAACUCGAUCCCAAAGAACUCCGGGCGGGAUACCAACGGGCAUACAAUGAUGGACAACAUGAUGAGUUGCCCGAUGAUGACGAAAUGGUCCAAUUGUGGAAACAGUUUCAACAUGAUUUGCAGAAUAAUAAUAAUGAGGACGAGGAACAUGCCGACGACAUGAUGCACAAGCAGCAGCAACAACAAUCUGCACAGGAUCACGUCAUUUUCCACGACAACCGGGUAUUGCAGUACUCCGAGUUCAAAUGUGCUGCCUUGGAGGAGGAAGAGACAUUGCUGACACCGGAACGACUGAAACAGGCGUUUCAAUUACUAGACAAGCACCAUAAAAGGUCCGUGGGAGUCAUGGAAUUGUCCGAUGCCUUUCCCGACGAGUUUGUCCAGUCGCAUCAUUUGACCAUGGAAGAUUUCGUCACCAUUGUCGAUCAAGUCGACAAUACGGGAAAGGGGGGAAUCGUAUACGAAGAUUUUGUCGCCAUGAUGACCAUGCAACCGCCACCCAAACCAACGGUGCGGGGAUCGUUGCUUAUGGAACGCAUUACCGAGUUGAGAUAGAUAGAUAAAAGGAGAGUGCAUUUUUUCGUUGC